AAACGAUCACAUGAUUUCUGGACGACCCCCAAGGAUCGCGUUUUAAUAAAGCUGUUCAUAUUAGUAAUGCUCUAACAAUACAAAUAACUAGCACUUAGUUUCUACUAAUUACCAUUAGCUUAAUUUGGACCAAACACUAUUUGUCAAAGUGACAGUUGAGUUUUGACUUUGACAGUUGUAAAAUAGCACGUAUUUGUCUUGGUGUUUGUCGGUGUUGCUUCGAGAACUUUAAAGAACACAAUUUCUAGAAUUUGCAUCAGCUUUUGUGAAUCAUUCCACACGAUAUAUACCCACGUUAUAAUCCAUACCAGUGUCACAAUAACUACAAGUUUGUCACCUUAAAUAAGUGGUUUUCAUACAAAACAUGGCAUCUGGUAAUCCUGGCGGUAACAAUCCUAUUGCUGGAGCCCUGACGUUUCCCAGUAGGAGUGAGGAUGUUCAGCGUGUGGCGGAACAACCUCGGCAGCCACGGAAUUUACAGGGUCUCCUCAGGUUUGCUAUGGAAGCAACGAAGGCUGAAGAUGCCCCAGGCAAUUCAGAGUUAGGUCCGAUGGAUGAAGAGCGCAAACGUUUCUUGGAAGAAGCCCUCAAAAGCCUCACAGUGGAUGUAGCAAAGGUACUACAAGAUGCCAUAGCUGUGCUAUCAGACACUGACAAGAUACACAGUGUUCAGUUGGGGCAGCCGCUGCCCGACGAGAUUAAUCAGGCCUUCACUAGCGUCAUGGAAUUUAUUGAUGACAUAGACACUGCUAAUGAUUUCUACAAACUAGGCGGCUUCUCCAUCUUCCCCGUCUGCUACGGCAGCGAAAACGAAGAAAUCCGCGCCCGAGCCAGCGGAAUACUGGCAGAACUUUGCCAGAACAACCCCUUCUGCCAGUCCCGAGCGUUGGAGAGCGGGCUGCUCAAUGUGUUGCUGGCUUUAGCGAGGACAGAGCGUGGGGAAGCUUUAGCGAAGUGUGUGGCUGCUAUUUCAUGUGCAUGCCGUGAAUACGCCCCAUCCUGCCGAGAACUCCUGGCCCAAGGUGGCUGCGAGACGCUAGCCACCGUCUGUGGCGCAUCGGAAGUCCGCGCGAGAACGAAAGCAGCGCUGCUGGCGAGGCAUCUCUGUGAUCACUAUCCUGACGCCAGAGAAAAAUUCGUCCAGCUGAACCUAGUGAAGACACUAACAGAACAACUGUCAGCGGGCAGGGAUGCAUCAUCAGAACACCUCCUGAACACAUUACUCACUCUUCUGGCAGACUUGGACGAGAGAGUUCUAGCUCAGUGCAGGGACCCUAGCUUAGCGCUUAAAGGUAUUAUAGAAAGGCAUCUAAAACACCCAGAUCUAAAAGAUGACACGUUCAGAGAAGAAGUGGAUUACUGCCAAGAGAUCCUCUGCAAGGUGUUCCUCAACAGACCAGACGUGGUGCCAGCGGACGAGGAAGCGGACAGAUAGUUCUGACUCUUAACCCUUACACCGCCAAAGACCACUGCGAUAGGCAUGGCGUUUGAAGGGUUAAAGAAGAUUUAAUUCGUUUUUUAGCUUUUAUAUUAUUUUCGCGGAGAAGACGGCUGGACCGAGUUGAAUUUUUGUUGAAAGGUUCUAUUAAUUGCUGAUUUGGUUAUUGAGCUUACUGUGGGACUUAGUCAAUUUGUGUAAUAAUGUCCUAUAAUAUUUAUAUUUUUUAUUUUUUUUAUUAAUCAAGCUCUUGUGUAGGGAUUUUAACUAUAGUUGUACCGUUCUCGAGAACGUUCUCCGUUCAUUUAUAGUAAACGGAGUACGUUCUCGAGAAAGGCCCAAAUAUAAUGUUAACCCCUUUCCAGGCCGCACCUAUCUACACCGUUUUCCCAAAGAAAUAAUAUAUAUUCAAAUACGGAAUAUAACUCUGCGUAGGGGGCGCCACUAGCACAAACUGUAAACAAACCGCCUCGAUGUAUCGAUGUCAUAUUUAUUCGAAACAAAUAAUCUUGUGAAAACUUGUCAAAAACUGUUUAAGGCUUAGUAAGUAUAUAGAAGCAAAGAUACAUUGAUUAAGAUGUGUAAAAUCUAAUAAAAUAUCGUGCUUCUAAUUUGACAGGUAAACGAGAUGGCGCUGUAGAGCUCUAUACAUUUUGCGACAACUCUGAUUGACAAAAGUUGACGUUUGACAAUUCAGUGACCGCAAAACAUGGCGCAGUACAGUCAGCGUCAAAUACUUUGUAGCAGUCAAUGUGGCCAAAUAGUUCGGUACACCAUACUAAAUAUAUGGUGUACCGAACUAUUUGGCUACUUAGGUUGCUACAAAGUAUUUGACGCUGACUGUACAGCGCCAUCUGUUUUGGAUGUCAAACUAAGGGGCACGUUUUUUUCUUCGACUUUACCUCUAUUACAAUCAAUUCUCCUUGAUAGAAGAGCACAUUUCCCGCAAGUGCAAUCUAACAGGAACCUUAAAUCAGAAUGCUAAAGUUGAAAUUCUAUUGGCACGAAUGUGGUCAAUAUGCCUAGAAAAGGGCUAUGGGAAUCCAUCGAAUUUUGUUUAGUUUAAUCGAAAACAACAAAAUGCAACCCUAUUCCAAGUAUCCUCUUCCAAAAAACCUUUUGAUAUGCCGUGCAACGUUCGUGUCAUCCACGAUGACGCGCAGAUUUGUCAAAUCUAACCUUUAAUUGCAUGGCAAUACGAGUCAAGGCGCGCGUCUUCGUCAAUGGCACGAUGUAUACAGUGCAUUGUGAGAGACCCAUUGUGUUAAAAUUAAUGGACUUAACUUAUUUGUAUGAGAGAAAGGAUUUUUAAGAUCGAAUAUAGCGUUUUUUAAAUAUU